AUGCGUGCACCGGCAAUACUCGCACAAUGCCUGCCUGGCCUAGUGCCUCAUGACCGCGGAAGUCUCAGUAUAGCAUCCUCCAUUUUUGAGAAAGAUAUUCAUCUUGCGUCACCGGCAGUAGAGAUUCUUCCUUCAAAGGCAUUUCACACUGACAAGGAAGGCGGGGAAAAUAUUGACCAUUUUAAGGGAAUAGUAAGUGUUGCUGAUAUCAUGGGGUUUGGUGGUUCAGAGACAAUAUCCUCAAGACCGGAUGGCUAUCUAAAAUCCUGGGCCAGUUCCAUUGAUCUUGUCAGUGUUCUUAAGAAUGAGAUUCGCGAUGGGCAACUGUCCUUCAGAGGAAAAAGAGUACUUGAGCUCAAUUGUAGCUAUGGACUUCCUGGAAUCUUUGCUUGCUUAAAGGGAGCUUCCAUAGUGCAUUUUCAAGAUCAGAAUGCAGAGACUAUAAGAUGCACAACUAUACCAAAUGUCCUUGGUAAUCUGAAGCAAGCUCGUGAUAGGCAGAGUCGACAGCCAGAAACUCCCCUUACUCCUUCAAGACAGACUCUGGCACCAUCAGUUAACUUUUAUGCUGGGGACUGGGAUGAACUACCAGCUGUAUUGUCGACUGUGAAAAAUGAUGGAUAUGAAGUGACACCUGGAAUGAGUUUGAGCUUCUCCGAGGAAGAUUUUUUGGAUGGAUGUAGUAGUCAAGAAGGCAGCAUUGUUGGACAUGAAUCUAGUUCAAGAAGGUCUAGGAAACUCUCAGGAAGUCGAGCAUGGGAAAGAGCUAACGAGGCAGAUCAAGGGGAUGGUGGCUAUGACAUUAUUUUAAUGACAGAGAUUCCAUACUCUGUUAGCUCUUUGAAGAAGCUGUAUGCUCUCAUUAAGAAGUGUAUAAGGCCUCAAUAUGGAGUAGUAUAUCUAGCUCCAACUAAGAAACACUAUGUUGGAUUUAGUAAUGGAGUAAAACAGCUGAGAAAUGUGGUAGAUGAGGAAGGCAUUUUUGGAGUUCAUUUAGUUAAGGAUUUGGCUGACAGAGAUAUCUGGAAGUUUUUUCACAAGUGA